GCGUAACAGCAGAACGCGAAUAGUCAAAUCACUGCAAAUACAAAUUCAAGACCAGAGCAAGUGCCGGUGCGUGCUCGAGUGCGGAUCCGCAACGUUACGGUCUUUGGUUGUGUUUGCGGUUCCGUUUUAGUUGACAUUUCAAAGAGACGCAACGCGACGCGUCGGUUAAGCAAAGAAAACUUUUUGGCUUUUACUUUUGUUGAACUGCCGGGGCCAGGCUUUAAACUUGAAGUGCAAGUUAAACAGGCAACAACUUAACCUCAAGCUUCAAAUUAAAUCAAUUGUCUGCAGCAUUGAAGCAAUUAGCAAUGAGCCAAAUAUUAAGGCAAACUUUUUGAAUACACGUUAAAAGGCAUUAAAGAUUGAGAUAAACUCGAAACGUGACCCAGCCCAGACGACGGAAAUGGCUGCUUAAGUGGCGCACUUCCGGUAAAACCGGACAGGAUUCAACAGCAACAGCAAUCCACUCAGCCGCAGCCAUCGUCACAGCUACAGCUGCCCCGCCCUUAAUCUCAAUCGCCAACUGAAAGCGACUCAUUAGGUAUCCAAACAAAGUCCUUAAGCAUGGCCAAUGUAAGCAAUGAGACGGUUAACGCUUGGCUGGUCUCGGUCAGUACACAGUUGCCCCAUGUGCUGGGCAUGAAUUGGAGUGGCAGCAGCACCACCACUCUUGCCACGCCCGGCAGCACCAGCACCAGUGCCACCACAGCCACCAUCACCUUCCCCGGCAGCAGCACCGCCAGCAGCAGCAGCACCGUUGGCAGCUUAAAUGUGGAUGUGGAUGCCGUGGAUGGCGAUAAAUCAGGCAUUAUACACAAUCAAUUCGUGCAGAUCUUCUUCUAUGUGCUCUAUACCACGGUGUUUGUGCUGGGCGUGUUUGGCAACGUGCUGGUCUGCUACGUGGUGCUGAGGAAUCGCGCCAUGCAAACGGUUACCAAUAUAUUCAUUACCAACCUGGCCCUUUCGGACAUUCUGCUUUGUGUGCUGGCCGUGCCGUUUACGCCGCUCUACACAUUUAUGGGCCGGUGGGCCUUUGGCCGUACGCUCUGCCAUCUGGUGUCGUUUGCCCAGGGUUGCAGCAUAUAUAUAUCGACGCUGACGCUUACCUCGAUUGCCAUUGAUCGAUAUUUCGUGAUCAUUUAUCCGUUUCAUCCGCGCAUGAAACUCUCCACAUGCAUCGGCAUCAUUGUCAGCAUUUGGGUGAUUGCUCUGCUGGCCACAGUGCCCUACGGCAUGUACAUGAAGAUGACCAACGAGGUGAUGGAUAACACCACACAGCUGAUCGGUGUGAACGAGACGAGCAGCUUGAAUCCCCAUUACGGCUAUCCUACACCCGAUGCCACGUCGGCUGCCCAGGCCUACAUGCAGGUGAUCACAGAUGGCGUCACCGUCUGCGAGGAGAACUGGCCUUCGGAGCACUACCGCAAGGUGUUCGGAGCCAUCACCACGACGCUGCAGUUUGUGCUGCCUUUCUUCAUCAUAUCCAUUUGCUAUGUCUGGAUCUCGGUCAAGCUGAAUCAGCGCGCCAGGGCCAAGCCGGGCUCGAAGUCUUCGCGCCGCGAGGAGGCGGAUCGGGAUCGCAAGAAGCGCACAAACCGCAUGCUUAUCGCAAUGGUGGCAGUUUUUGGCCUCAGUUGGCUGCCCAUCAAUUUGGUGAACAUCUUUGAUGACUUCGACGAUAAGUCCAAUGAGUGGCGUCUCUAUAUGCUCUUCUUCUUUGUGGCACACUCGAUUGCCAUGAGCUCCACGUGCUACAAUCCCUUCCUGUACGCCUGGCUGAACGAGAACUUCCGCAAGGAGUUUAAGCAUGUGCUGCCCUGCUUUAAUCCCUCCAACAACAACAUCAUCAACAUUACCCGCGGCUACAAUCGCAGCGAUCGCAACACCUGCGGCCCGCGUCUGCAUCAUGGCAACGGGGAGGGCGGCCCCGGCGGCAGUCUGGAUGCCGAUGAUCCGGACGAUAAUGGCGUCACUCAGGAGACCUGCCUGCCCAAGGAGAAGCUGCUCAUCAUACCGCGCGAGCCCACCUACGGCAAUGGCAACGGUGCCGUCUCCCCAAUACUCAGUGGACGUGGCAUCAACGCUGCCCUGCUGCACGGCUGCCAGGCACAGCCCCAGCAGCAGCAACAGCAGCAAGUCGAGCUAACCCGCCGCAUUCGCCGGCGCACUGACGAAGAUGGCGACUACAUCGACUCCGGCGACGAGCAGACAGUGGAGGUGCGCUUCAGCGAGACUCCAUUUGUCAGCUCCGACAAUACGACGGGCAUCAGCAUCCUGGAGACGAGCGAGUGCAUGUUCCAGGACUCAGCUGAGCUGCCUGAAUUGGACAUUGUUGUCGUUGGCUCUGAUGGAGAGGCCAGCAGGCGAUGUAACUGAGGCAGGAUUUUCGAAACACAUUUCUAGGCGCACGAGCUCGAGGACUGCAAAGGGUCUGGGAAUGUGGCAUAAACUACAAUGCCAGAGCAUGGUCGCCUUGGCGAGUGGGUGUGGCUGUAGUCCUAUUGUGCGGCGCGAAAAGUGCUGAUAAAUGCCAAAUAAAGUGACAACGAUGCGAAAAUUGCUGCGCUGGAACAGAACUGAGAACAGAGCCCCCAAGCAAUUGGCUCAAGCAGCUUCUCAAAUCGUUGAUAUCAAGUCUCUCAGUGUGCGUUGCGGUUUGCGGGAGUCAGUUUAUGUCUGUGUCGCAUCUAGGCAGGCCCCAAAGGCGUUAACAACCAAUUCUAAACGUACUCUAUAUUACAUAUAUAUACAUAUUUCCUCUGUUACCUCGCUCUGCACUCUCGCAGCAGUUGUGCCGCCUUGCAGGGAGUCAAGAGAAUCCAUUAAACUGUUGGCAGCCCUUAUGGCUGGCCUCUAUGCGUCACUUCCAUUUCAAUUUCAAAUUUACGCAUAACUGUCGCACGUUUUCCUUUUUUAUUUUUUUGUUUUGGUUUUUUUGCAUUCCGUUGUUGGCGGAAUUAAAUUUCGUUUGGCAAUUUUUGGGCCAAUUGCGCGUAAAUCUGUCAACGCAGACAUUUGGCUCUCUAUGUAGAAACAAAAAACCACAACAAAAGGUAAAUAGCUGAGAACCAAGGAAAAUAAUUUGGCUAACUUAAAAUACGAAAAGAAGACAAACAAUGGCUAGCCAAAUAAAGUAAGCCUAAGCCUGACAUUGAUGGGAUUUGUGAAGGCCACAGCAAGUGGAGGCAAAUAUUGUUCGAGCGAAUGACAGGCUGAUAGAAAAUAAGCAAAUUGGAACGAGACGACUUCUUUUCACCCUCCCCUUCCCUGCCAAUUGAUGGAUGUUUCAAAGACAUUUAAUUGAAAUUAAACUCAGUUCAAUCAGAGCGAUUAAACAGUCUCGACUUUUCUAAGCGAGAUUGAGUCAGUAUAGUUCCAAUUCAAAUAUUUAUAUAUAUCUCUAGGAAGACAGUCACAUUCACUAACAGUGGCCAUGCAAGGCAAGUGAAAGGUCUUAGAUAUAAUCAACAGUUAGACGUUAUUUCGAUGUGUAUUUCAAGAUUAUAUUGUAGUUAUGUAAGCCCCUAACACUCGGAGAAACUAAUUAACCUAGACGUCUAAGCUAACUAGUUGUAAGAGGAAACUGUUCGAGACGCUUGCAAAGUGUUUUCAUGCAGUAAAUAGUUUAGCAUAAAAGUAAAUUGAAUCUUUCGAGUUGCACAACGCAAGUCUCAAAUGCUGCAAAUGACGUGCAAAUAAAAAACGAGGCAAAUAACCAAAAGUAUGCAAAGUCCUGUUGACCAUGAGCCCCAGUUUUUUUGAAAGUUUAUGUCAGGCAUGUUGCAAAGUAUGACAUACAAUUAUAGUCUCAAAUUGUUUUCUGCAACUCAAGCAUGUGCUGCAUGUCCUGCAAAUUAAGCUUUCAAAAAAAUGUCAGCGAUUUUCGUGUACUUUUGGUUUGCCAUAUGUGAAGAGUUACACGGCGUAUACGUAAUGCAUGUUAGUUGUUAGAGAAAGUAAAAAGUAACAAAAACGAAUUAAAGUUGACAUAUGAAAUGUUUUUUGUGGUUUAUCUGAAUGUGAAUAUGACUACAAAUAUGACUAUGAC